AUGCCCCUUAUGAAAGAAGCAUCCUGCUGGAGCAUUCGUGAUGGGGAGACAACCUGCUUCUGGAAGCAUCCAUGGCUGGAUUGUGGAGUAAUCCUCGAAGAUCAUCUCUCUAGGGACAUUACAACUGAGGAAAGAGAGUCACCAGUCUCCAAUUGUGUUACCCAAACAGGAGCAGCACCGCCAAAGCCUGAGCUUGGAGAGGACAAGAUGUCAUGGGGGCUGGAACGUGAUGGUAGAUUCCGACUGAAGUCUGCCUACAUGCUUGCUGCGAACCUGGAGGAGGAACAAGAAAUGCAGAAGUGGAAAAAUCUCUGGAAAUGGAGGGGACCAAGCAGAAUCAAGCAUUUCCUCUGGCUGAUUCUACAUGACAGGAUCUUCACUAACAAGGAGCGUGCAAGAAGAGGCAUCACAACCAAUGCAAAUUGCAACAUUUGCAGGGACAAGGAAGAAACAACUGAACAUAUUUUGAGAAGCUGCGAGAGAGCCAAGGUUAUUUGGGAGAAGUUCAGAAACAUGCUGACAGCCAGAAAUAUGAACUUGCCCUUCCAGGAUUGGCUUCUGGACAACCUCUGCAAUGAAGAGAAUGGUGUGAACUUUGGGGUUAUUUGCUGGAACCUUUGGAAACAACGCAACGAGGAGGUCAUGGAAGGCAAGCAAUUCCAGGCGCAGGGGCUUUGCUGCAGAAUCAAUGCGUGGAUUAACAUCAUCAAGGAAGCACAGAAGUGGAAUCAGAAUGUUAACAACAUUACUGAGAGAUCCUACCAACAACGACAGAUUGCCUGGAAUUGUCCGCCUGAAGGCUGGAUCCAAAUUCAAACGGAUGGCUCUGUUCUGCAACCAUCAGGAAAAGCUGCUGCAGGGGGCUUGCUUAGGGAUCAUCUGGGGAAAUGCAAGGAAGCCUUCGUGUGUAAUCUUGGAACUUGCUCCAUUACAAGUGCAGAACUGAAGGGAGCAGUGACAGGUCUUCGGAUUGCGUGGGAAAGAGGCUACAGAAGAGUGCAUCUCAACCUGGACUCUACCACUGCAAUAAGCAUCAUCAAGAACCACUCGGAGACUGAUCACAGCCAUGGCAUCAUAGCCAAGGAGUUUGAGUUCUUACUGAAUCUUGAUUGGGAGGUUAUUGUAUCCCAUGUAUAUAGAGAAGCAAAUUUUGCUGCUGAUUUCCUUGCAAAUAGGGGUCACUUAGUUCAUUUUGGUACACAUCCUUUCAAUGUGUACGACCCUGAACUUGAACAUUGGCUUCUCCACGACAUGAUUGGUAUCCAUCAUGAUCGUUUGAUUUCUAAUACGAACUAG